AUGACCGCUGGUCCUGCAACAGAAUCUUCAACUUCUUCGGCAAGGCGUAGCGCUAUGAAUGGAAUAGGCAAACUACAGUUGUUUGAUGAAGCUGUAGAGCAUUUCAAGAAAAAUGAUCGGAUUAAAAUUUACGACAUGCAGGUUCCUCGACCACUAACGUUAUCGUGGAAUUGUGAUGGUACAAGACUGGCGUGUGGUGCUGAGAAAAGUGUCGCUAAAGAUGUUUUCCAUGGAUUUGGUCAUAACGAGCAAGUGGACCAGGUAGCAUUCCAUCCGAAUAAUGCGCACUUGUUUGCGUCGGCCAGUUCAGAUCGAACCAUUCGUAUUUGGGAUGUUCGGCAAACAAGAACACACACCAGAUUACCUACCAGAGCCCCAAAUUUAAACGUUGCUUGGUCUCCAUGUGGUACUUAUUUGUUGUAUGGGGAUCGAGAAGAUGCGAUCAAUAUGGUUGAUGGCCGAACAUAUAAAACGUUGAAAGUGGAACCGAUGAAACAGGAAGCGAAUGAAUUCGCGUUCCAUCCUAGUGGACAAUAUCUUUUUGUGGCGAUGGGUGGAGGACAGCUGAGUAUUUUUAAGAUGCCCGAAUUUACUCAUAUACGUACUAUUCAAGCGCAUUCUUCGCAAUCUACGUGCACAUGUAUGGCAGUUUCAAAUGAUGGUGAACAUUUUGCUGUUGGUGCUUCAGAUGCGCUAUGUUCAAUUUGGAAUACACGAGAAAUGAUAUGUGAACGUGCGUUGGGAAGGUUAGAUUAUCCCCUACGGUCAGUAUCGUUUAGUGCAGAUAGCCGGUUGAUCGCAACUGCAAGCGAAGAUCAUUCCAUUGAUAUCGCAUGGACUGAGACUGGGGCAAGGGUCCACGAACUACGAGUGAACGCAGACACAUACCAAUGUGCGUGGCACCCAAAUGCCUAUCUGCUGGCCUACUCAUGUGCACCUGCAGUGGAUAGUCGUGAGCGUGAUGUGGUCGUUAAAUUAUUUGGAUUCACUACUUAA